AUGUCCUUCCUAGGACGAGACAGACCGCCCCAACGGCCUCAACCGCCCAAGGCGAAACCAGUUCGAUACUGGCCAGGCAAAGCUCCCGCUCCAGAAGCAGUCCAAUCGGAUUCAGACGACGAAAAUGAAGAACAAGACAAACAACAAAGCCUCGAAGACAGAACAUCCAGAACCAAGAAUGCUGCUCUUAUCGAUCAAGUAGCUGUUACUAGUAUAGGAUCUGAUGAGCUUGUAGAUCGUCGAUUACGGAGAUUGCAGGCAUCGAAAGCUCAGCAGGAAAACGAGGAAGUGGACGAAGACGAGGAGGAGGAAGAAAUAGAGCAGCAUAAAGAGGAGGAAAAAGAGGAAGAUGAAGAGGCUGCUAGUAGUAGGAGGUUACAGGCGAGAGAGAUUGCAUUGGCUAGACGCAGGAAGGAGGAGGAAGAGGCUGAAAGGGCGCAGCAACAAGCUGACGAGGAAGAAGAAUCAGGUGAUGACUCGUCAGAAUACACUGAUGAAGAAUCAGAAGAGGAGGAAGUCGCUCCUAAACCUCUCUUCAAACCUGUAUUCGUGCCAAAGACUUCUCGAGUCACAGUCACAGAUGCAGAUAAACUACUAGAAGAAGAAGAAGAGGCAGACAGGAAACGUGAUCAAGAACGUGAAGAUAGGAGACGAGAAGCUCAUAACAUGGUUGCUGAAGAGUUGAAGAGAGAGAUAGCUGAAGCUGCAUCAUCAAUCAAAACCCUCAUAACAGACAUUGACGACACAGAUGGUCUCGACGAAGAAGCCGAAUUCGAAUCAUGGAAGCUGCGAGAACUCCUCCGCAUAAAACGAGACCGUACCGAAGCCUCAGAACGUGAACUAGACGAAACAGAAAAAGAACGACGUCGUAAUAUGACUGAUGCUGAAAUCAUGGCCGAAAACUCUGCCCUCAAUCCAGACUCUCAAGGGAAAUCAAAACAACGGUUUAUGCAGAAAUAUUUCCAUAAAGGUGUAUUUUAUCUCGAUGAGCACAAGGACGUGCUUGAGAAACGUGAUUUUGCGGAACCGACGCUGGAUGAUAGGUUUGAUAAGAGUAUAUUGCCUGAGGUUAUGCAGGUCAAGAAUUUCGGGAGGGCUGGAAGGACGAAAUGGAAGCAUUUGGCUGCUGAAGAUACGACGCAGUACGAUGCUGGCUGGGCACAAAAAGAUAAUCCGGUGAAUAAGAGAGGGGUGGAGAAGAUGGGUGGGUUGCAUCAGACGGGGUUUGAUAGGCCGAAUAAGAAGAGUCGUGGAGAAUGA